AUGGACAAACAGAAGAAAACCUCUCAUGCUCUAUCGCUGCCAUAUCCAGAUCCGCAAUGGCCUGCAGUAUCUGCGGAUCGAGAACAAGCCAUCCUGCAACUUCUAAUUCCUCUACUCGAACCGAUUGGUGACUUCAGACGUGGCCACGUUCCCCGAUCAAAAGGAAAAGGAAGAGCAAGAGGUGGGAAGAAAGCAAACACAAAAGCAAAAGACGAUUCUACGCCGGAGUCGAUGCCAGAAGUCUAUGACCAUUUGACCAUCGGGUUUAAUAGUACAGUUCGACGACUAGAAUCCCUAGCACGAAGCAGAAAGCCCCCAAUCCUGUCUCGGACGAAAGACCUCCCACAACAAGAAACCCCAAGUGUGAACCUCUCAGUCGUAUUCGUGUGCCGUCAAUCACUCCCCGAGAUCAUGUCCUUUUCCCUGCCCCUGCUGUUGGCUACCUCAGCUCCCAGAUGCGAACGUGCCAGACUGGUCGAAAUAUCUCCACCGGCGGAAGCGAAGAUAGCACAGACCUUAGAGCAACCUCGUGUCAGAGUCCUUGGUCUUGAAGCGGGAGCUUCCGGGGCAGACGCAUUGCGGCGGUUCUUGACAGACAAUAUUGGCGUGGUGGAUGUUCCUUGGCUAGACCCAGAGUCCCCUCCGGCAUAUUUCCCCGUGAAUAUUCAGACGAUCGAAACAGAGGCCAAACCCAAGUCCGCGGCUCGGAAUCUCAAGAGGAAGAAGUCAGGUGACAAUUGA